AUGCAAAUGAAAAAUCACGCUAUAAUUGAUGAAACAAGCAUAACAUCAAUAGUCCAUAGCAUUGAUAAUCCCCUUGGGAGCUCAAGUUUCUCUGGUGUAUUUAAUUCGGACGAUCAGCCAGAUGACCUUCCGUUAUGCAUUAAAAAUUUCACUACAAUUGAUGAAGCCAGCAUAACACCAGAGGCUCACUGUAUUAAUAACACCCUUGGGAGCCAGUCAGACGACUUUCUGUCAGGCUUUGAAAAUUUCACUGUAGCUGAUCGGGUUAACAUAGCCAUUGACCAGACGGAUAGUUCGCUGAAUACAUCCUCAUCGUUCAAGAAACAGCUAAAGAAAUACCGAGAGAAACAGUCUCUUGCGCUUCCCAAUAGAUCACACAAUUGGAUGAAACCUGUCCCUACAAACCCCCAAACAACAGAAUUAAAUACUUUCAAUACAAACAAGAGAAACCAGCAUUUAUCAAGGAAUACAGUCCGUAGUCGCAAAAACUUCAAAAGUAAACAAACCAAACCGAAGCGGAAUUUUCGGAAGAAACUGUCUCUAGAUCGACCUCCGGACUGGGAGAAUUACCUAGACCUAGUCAGCAAAAUUACGAGAACAUAA